UGAUGAAUAGGAAUUUUACUUUUGCAGAUAUGCAACAGAAAGCAACAUAUCUAGGUAUGCUAAAAUUGCAAUGCAGUUAAAAGACAAGACUGUUCGAGAUGUAGCACUGAGAUGUAGAUGGAUGACUAAAAAGGAGAUUGGAAAGCGCAGAAAAGAUGAUCAUAACUCAAGGAAAAAUAAAGACAAAAAGGAAAAAGUAACAGAUUCUAUGCAAAAAUCUACCCAUGUUGCUAAUCGUGCAAAUGGUCCUCCCUAUGCUCAAUCUGUUAUGUCAAUGGACAGUGAUGAUGGAAUUUCCUACAAAGACAUUGGUGGUACCACCGGCCAUCUUCUUGAGCAAAAUGCUCAGGCCUUGGAUCAAAUAUCUGCAAAUUUUGCUGUUUUUAAGAUCCAAGAAAACAUUAACCUUUUCACUCAAGCUCGAAACAAUAUCCUCACCAUCUUAAAUGAUUUGAAUGACAUGCCGGAAAUAAUGAAGCAGAUGCCACCCCUCCCUGUAAAGCUAAAUGACGAGCUUGCCAGCUUAAUCCUUCCGUCUCGGCCACUCUUGCCAAACAAAUCAUGAGAUCCUGGUUUCUAAAGGGCUUGGGCUAUCGAUAGAUGUUUCUCAGAGUUUACUGAAGUUGAGAUCCCCUGGAUUACUUAGAUAGCAUAAUAAAAUAGUGAAUCUAGUCUAGUUAUUCCUCUUGGAAAUAUGUAUCAAGAUGAGUUCCUUUAGGUUGUUAGGACUCCAUUUGUUUACAUUAGUUAGUUCUCUUUUUAUAUCAUGUAGUUUUGUGUUUGAUGUUGAUUUAUUUUAGCUGGCUGGGUUAGCAUGUGCAUAUAGUUGGAGUAGGAAGGAUUGCUGUUUCUGUAAAUUAACUGAUGCAAAUAAGUUAAACCACUGUUUUUGUUGCAA